GUGCCAAGCAAACUAGUUUAGCUCUGACAGCUACGGAGAGUCAAAAAAUCAAUAUAUUUCAUAUCAGGCACUGUCUUCGUUUGCCUCUGGCUCCGAGAUAACCAUAAACAAAUCCGUUUGCUUGGGCGCUCAAGCUUAUCCAUUCAUUUAGUUAAUAUUUCGCACAAAAUUCAAGUCAUAUAUGAAUAUGAAUGCCUCCGUUUGCGUCAUGGUGACGGUGCCCACUGCUCACCAGGAGCGGGGUCAACUGAGUCUCGACAGCAAGUAUUUCCCCUCCUGCAACUCCGGCUUUGCGAGCUCUGCCAGCUGCAGCUGCCCGUGGCAUAGCUGGAGCACGAACAACUGCGCAGAGUGCAAGAGUUCCAGGCCGCAGAACUUUCGAUCGCUGCAGUUGAAAGACCUGCCACGAACGGCACCGCUGGAGACGGUGCUGCGCCAGAUAGCUGCCCAGCUGCGGCUGGAGCAUGUGUUCUGGUCCCACGAUGUGGCCGGCAGGCAGCUGCAGGCGCGCUUCGACCUGUUGCAGGACGAGCGCUACGAGUGUCUGCUCUAUACGCUGCAGGAUUGGGGCAUUGGCGAGCGGCCGGGCACCCAUGUGACGGCCAUCAAUUGCCUGGAUACGCGCGUGAAAUUCAGCUCGGCGCCCCGACUCAGCUGCGAAUCAAGUGAAGCGGCUGCAGCGGGCGUGGCGAGUGGCGAAGCUGCUGAUGCCGAAGGCGCUACUGGAACCCAUGAGGGACAGCGUGUGGGCUGGCAGAGUUUCAUGGACUCGGUACGUUGCCGCCUGAACGUGAAUCAGGUGGUGCGUGUGGUGCGACACGAUGCCACCAUUAACUUUGACUUUGUGGUGCUACUGAUGGCUGCCGCUUUGCUCUCGUGCGUCGGCCUGGUGGAGAAUAGCUUUCUGUUCCUCUCCAGCAGCAUGCUCAUCUCGCCGCUAAUGGGCCCGAUCAUAGCUGCCAUAUUCGGCUCGGUGAUUGGCGAUCGCGGUCUGCGCUGGCUAGGCAUCAAGAACGAGCUGAUCGGCAUUGGCAUUUCGGUGGUGACGGGCUUCAUCUUUGGCAGCGCCAUCUGUUUGUGCGGCCUGGCCCGUUUCUUUGUGCUCUCCUCCGGCUUCACCGAGGAGAUCCUGUCGCGCUGCGACACGCACUCCCUGGCCAUUGGCCUCUGCACGGCGCUGGUUUCUGGAGCGGCGGCGGCGCUUGGAGUACUGGGUGGCAAUACAGGUUCACUGGUGGGCGUGGCCAUAUCCGCCUCUCUGCUGCCGCCAGCGGUCAACGCCGGCCUGCUGUGGGCGAUCGCCCUAUGCGCCCGCGUCCUGAACAUUGACCAUGAGCUGCUGCAGAGCCUGUCCAAGCAUCGCGACUACUCGCAGCAUCUGCACAUCGAGCUCUUCGUGUGCGCCACGGUCAGCAUGGCCCUCACACUGGUCAAUGUGUUCUGUGUCUGGCUGAUGGGCGUGGUUGUGCUGCGCAUCAAGGAGGUGGCGCCAGCGGUGCAGCGAGAUCAGCAAUUCUGGCGCCAUGACGUGCGACUGGCACGCGAGGUGGCGCUGCAUGAUCCCGAGCUGCACAGCGCCAUCGAUCGCUUGGAUCUGGACGAGCGCAGGCAGGUCAAUCUGGACGCACCACACUAUCAGCACACCUGGUCGCCGGGCACCGUACGGCCGUGUAUACGGCCGGAGGCACCUGUCAGCCAGGCCAAGGAGAACAGCCGCAACUAUCAUACGGUGCACGGCUUCCAAAACUUUUGCAUAACGCUGCACAAUCUGAACUCAGAGAUGCCCAGGCAAGCCUCGCCCCCACUGCCCAGAUUCUUAGACGUAUUCACUCCACUGGAUGCGGCCGAACGCAGCUCAGGUCCCGUUUCCAUGGUCACGCCGCCGCCGCCGACAGACGCGCUGCCCACGCUGGCAGCUGGCAGCGGCAUCGCCAACUAUCGCAGUCUGCCCGAUUUGCGUAUUAGCUGCACUGCAAACGAUGGGCAACGCUCACUGGAGCUAUCAGAUCCGGAGCCACAAACCAAGGCGAGGAUGUCGCGUUGCGUGCACUGGAGCGUGGAGCGCAGGUUACAGCCACUGAACGAAGGCCCAGAACUCAGUAUGCUGCCCGGCAGCAGCGUGGACUCGCAGCGCUACUCCAGCCAGGUUCUGGGACCUCUGGCGCCCGAUCGCCGGUUGCGUUUGCUGGCCAAGCGUCGGCGAGAGGACACCGAGGAUAGCGAGUACAAGCACGAGUUCAACGUGUAGACCGCAGCUUCAAUACGCACUCAAUCGCAAUCGCAAUCGCCCAUGGCCAAGUCGGAUUGUAUGUAUAUCGGGGCAGCUGAGUACCUCAAUCUGUCUGUGUGUGUGUGUGUGGGUGUGGGUGUGUGUGUACUCUGUGUGUCUGUGUGCUCGGCAUUCGCUUCACUUUACUUGGCCAAUAGAAAAGCCUGCGAACAGCAACGCAAACAUUGAAC